GUGGCAGUAUUUGGGCCUGGUGGCAACGUUGUGGGUAGAAGAAAUAUUUUCGCUCUUUGUAAAGUGUAAUAAACAAUUGAGCAAUUAAACAGCAAAAUGAGCACUAGCUAGUGAAAAUUACAGAGAAAUUGCAAAUAAUUAGGUAAAAGCAAAUUUGUAAAGCUGCAAAAUGCUUUCGCUGUUGCAAGAGAAGCGCCCGCUUAAGCGCACACGUCUCGGACCACCGGAUAUCUAUCCACAAGACGCUAAACAACGCGAGGACGAAUUGACGCCCACGAAUGUGAAACAUGGCUUUACAACGACGCCGCCGCUUUCCGAUGAGUUUGGAACGGCGCAUACUUCAAAUGUGAAUGCCAGCAAGGUUAGCGCGUUCUUUAGCGGUGUGCUGGCCAAAAAGGAGGAACUGAUGACGCUGCAAGAUACCGUGCGCAAGAAGCAGCAAAUCAAUUGUAAAGAUAACUUUUGGCCGGUUUCGCCGCGACGCAAAUGCACAGUGGAUGCUUGGUUUAAGGAUUUGGCCGGAAAUAAGCCGUUGCUGAGUCUGGCCAAACGGGCGCCGUCAUUCAAUAAGAAAGAGGAGAUAUUUAUAACGCUGUGCGAGAAUCAGGUCAACAUGCAGCGGGCCACAUGGUUCAUCAAGCUAAGUGCCGCCUAUACACUUAGUUUUUCCGAGUCGAAGAACAAAAAACGCAGCAUAUAUGAUCCAGCCGCUGAAUGGACGAGUAACAUGAUCAAGUUCAUGAAGGAGCUGCUGCCGAAGCUCCAGGAAUACUAUCAGCAGUCGCACGAUAAGAACGGAGUACAAGCGAACGGCAGCAGCAGCUCGGCCACCAACAACAGCACCAGUAGCAACAGCAAUGGCAGCGCCAAUAUCAGCAACAACAGCAGCAACUCGAAUAGCACCACAGGCAGUGCUAAUCCUAAUCUCAUACCAGUGCCAAGCAUGGCUAGCCCGUUGCCGCCUAUACACAGUCCGGCCAAUGGACAACCGGGUGCUGUUGGCAGCGGAGCAGUUGGAGGCGUGGUGCCUGGAGCCACUGCCACGCCAGGCACAGCACUGGCUACAUUGGGCGGCUCAGCAGCUGGAAGCGCCGCUGUGGCCAACGCUGGAGCCGUGCCGCCAGGCUCAAGCAUCUCGGGUAUUGGCAGUCAGUUUGAGGAUAGUCGCAAUGCAUUGAAAUACUGGAAGUAUUGCCAUCAGUUGAGUAAAUACAUGUACGAGGAAUCGCUGCUAGAUCGUCAGGAGUUUCUCAACUGGAUACUUGAUUUGCUGGACAAGAUGCGCACCCAGACCAGUUUCGAUGAGCCGUUAAAGAAGCUGGUGCUCAGCUUUGCUCUGCAAUACAUGCACGACUUUGUUCAGUCGGAGAGAUUGUGCCGCAAAAUGGCCAAUCUGGUGGCAAAGAAGCUGGCGCAGCUGCUCAAUGCGGCUGUGGAACAGCAGCAGCAGCAACAGGCGCUUAUCAAAACCCAACCCAUGGAUAUAGAUGCGCCGGAGGAGCAAUUGCUGCAGCAAGAGCAACAGUCAACGGUGGAUCCCUAUGAGCAGGCACUGCAGGAUUACAUGAACUGUCCACAUCAUCGGGAUAUUGUGCUCUAUCUGAGCACCAUAUUGCAGGUGAUUACAAUCGAGUGCCCAACGGCGUUGGUCUGGAGCGGCAUUGCCGCACAUCGUGCACCCUCGUCCUUGGUGGGCAGUCCUCUAGAUCAUCUGCCCUUGGCACCCUCUGUGCUGCCCAUGCCAUCACGCUGUCCACGCACCAAUCAGGAGCUGCGUCGUCAGCUGCGUGCCGCCGAGGCGGAUAUUGUCCUAAGGACGCAGCAUGCGGAGCAGCGUUGGUUCGCCUCCAAGUGGCUAAGUGCGGGAAAGAAUCAUUACACAAAUGUGCUGGCCACAUUGGAUCAUCUGGACACACAUUGCUUUGAUCGCAUGGAUCUGUGUAACUCAAUGGACACGCUCUAUGCGCACAUCUUCCCACCACAACCAUCACAGCAGGUGAGACGUCCCGAGGAUGAUCCCCAGCAGCAGCAGCAGCAACAACAACAGCGUCCGGCUUAUGAGCCCAAACAGGAUGCGGACACAGUGAGAAUACUGUGUGAAUGGGCUGUGUCCAGUCAGCGUUGGGGUGAGCAUCGUGCUGUGGUGGUCGCCAUAUUGCUGGAUAAGCGUCAGAUUGAUGUGACGAGCACGCCAGCAGAUAUGUGUGGCGACAAGGAGGACAAGGAUUCGCUAGCAUCUGGUGCGGGUCUAAUUGAUGGGCUACCCGUCUUUCAGCAUGUCCUAAUGCACUUCCUCGACCAUGAUGCUCCUGUGCUGGACGAGCACAACAGCAGCGCCCAACAGCGAACCGAAUUCACCAAUCUGGUGCAGCUUUUCAGCGCUCUCAUACGCCACGAUGUCUUCUCCCACAAUGCCUACAUGCACACGUUGAUUUCUCGCGGGGAUUUGCUGCUGGAAUCAACGCUGGUGCACAAGACGGCAACAAAGAGUUCUCCUCCGCCGCCGGCACCGCCUCCUCCCAGCAGCAGUGCCACAACCACACAUGGCUUUGAUGACGAUGGCUUUGGAGCGGGCAUUGGCAUUGACUUCAAGCACAAUGAGUUUGACGACUCCAAUGUGGACGAUGAUCUGGAUAAGCUGGUACAGAAUAUUAAGGAAAAGGGACAGCAACAUGAGGCGCCCGACAGUCCGAAGAUUGGGCCACCGGGUGAUGGUGAUGGUGGCGUCGAUACACCUGGUAGUGGCGGCAGCAUAUCCCGGCAUUAUGUGUACACCAAACAUUUUCCGAUACCACAGGAUGAUCCCAGCAUGUCAAGCUACAGCAGCGAGAGCAAUCAACGCUAUAUACUGCUCUUUGGCGUGGGCAAGGAGCGGGAUGAGAAGAAGCAUGCCGUCAAGAAGAUGUCCAAGGAGAUUGGCAAACUGUUUACCAAGAAGUUCAGCAUCGAUGUCGCCGAGGGUGGCAAAGUAAAGAAGCAUUCCCGCAACGAGUUCAACUUUGAGGCAACCACAGCCAAGUGCCAGCACAUGGCAUACUUUGAUCAGCAUGUGGUCACAGCCCAAUGUGCAGCCAAUGUCCUGGAACAGCUCAAUGGCUUUGCCUUGGGCAACAACAACUAUUUGCCGGUGCAGGAGCAUGUGGCAUUCCUCUUUGAUUUAAUGGAGCUGGCUCUCAACAUUUAUAGUUUGCUUGAACUGUGCGAUCAUCUGCUGAAGGAGCUGCCCGAGGUGGAGCAUCAGCUGCAGUUGAAAAAGUCCAACAUGGUCAGAGGUUACACCACCUCGUUGGCCCUUUAUAUUGUCAGCAUCUUGAGACGCUAUCAUAGCUGCCUUUUGUUGUCACCGGAGCAGACAGUGUCUGUCUUUGAGGGACUUUGUCGCACCAUCCGUCAUGUGAGUGAUCCCAGAGAAUGCAGCUCGGCGGAACGCUGCAUCCUUGCCUACCUCAGCGAUCUCCAUGAAUCCUGUGUCCUGCUCCAGGGCAAAGAACAAUCGGCCGAGUAUUAUCAACAGCUGAAAUGCAUCAAGCAGUUCAAGGAUAUUUUCAAUACGCCCGAACAGCUCAGCCUCGCACCACAGGGCUACAAUCCCCAGCUGCUGCAGGAGCUGUUUGUGGCGCCACGACGAGGUGGCAAAUUGGAACCUCACUGGCUGCGUCAGUUGCAUGAAUCCUCGGCGAAUGUGUAUAGUUUUGUGUCCAACGCCGUCAUCGCCGUCUGCCGGGAGACGGACAACGAGAGGCUCAACGAUGUGGCAUUGGCCUGUGCGGAGUUAACCGCCAGCUGCAAUGUCCUGUCGGAGGAAUGGAUUGCAGCCUUGCAGAGUUUAUGCAGUGGCAGCAAGAGUCCACGUUAUCCGCAUCUUGGCGGACAGGUGGACAUUGGCCAGGGCAAGACGCACAACGCGUUAGCCGUCUUUGUGUGCAUCCUCGUGGCACGACAUUGCUUUUCUCUGGCGGAUUUCGUCAGUAAAUUUGCACUGCCGACACUGGCGCGCUCGGUAAGCGGCGCCGGAGGAGGAGAGCUGAGUGUGGACGCCGAGGCGGGCGCCCGUCUUACCUGCCACUUGGUGCUGAAGCUGUUCAAGACACUGGAAAUUCCCCAACCAGGCAUGUACUCGGUGAGCACAUCGCCCAAUCCUCUGCAUGCUGUGGGCAGCGAUUUUAGUAUACGUCUGAGCUGUGAUCGUCAUCUGCUGGUGGGUGCCCACAAGACCAUACCCAUUGCUGCAGUGCUGGCCGUGCUCAAGGCCAUACUCAUUGUGGUGGAUAAUGCGGCAUUGAAGACGCCCUUGGCUGCCAGUGGAUUGGGCUCUUCUGGCAGUGGUGGCGCCUUUGGGAGCGGCAAACGCAGUGGCUUUAAUACGCCCGUUCAUCCCGGCAGCACGCCCAAAAGCAACGAGCAACGUCCGGCGGAUCUCAGCCAGAUCCUGGGCACAAGUGAUUUACAGCUGGGCAGCCUCGGCAGCGAACAGGAGUCACUGCAGCAGACGACGGGCAGCAGUUUGGCUGGAAAUGAACAAAUCUCGCUUCUGGAGUUUGCUCAAGCUGUGCUUAAACAAAUCUGCGCCCAGGAGCAUGUCUUGGAGCGUUGUCUGAAGAAUGCCGAGCAGCUGUGCGACAUGAUAAUAGAUGAGAUGCUGACCGCCAAGCAGGCGCAGCGUGUGCUCCACAUGAUCUGCUAUCCGGAGGCGGAGUUCAACAUCAUUUCCGAACUGGAUCAGCGAUCGAUGAUUGUAAGGAUUUUGGAGCACUUGGAUCAGUGGACCUUGCGCAUAUCUUGGCUGGAUUUACAGCUCAUGUAUCGACAAUCGCUCAGCACGAAUACGGAGCUUAAUGUGUGGCUCGACACGGUUGCUCGGGCGGCCAUCGAUGUAUUCAACAUGGAGGAGGUGACGCUACCAGGUGCGCUGAAGGCCACACAUAAACCCAAACCCUCCACAUGGCUUGUGGCGCCAUUAAUAGCAAAACUAACGCCCGCCGUGCAGGGACGCAUUUUACGGGUGGCCGGACAAGUGCUCGAGAGCAUGAACUACUUCUCCAAGGUGCCCAAGUCGGAUUGUAACAGCUCCGGCAGCGGCGAUGAGCGCGAGAAGAGCAACAGUUGCCACAGCAGCAACAGUUACGGCGGCAACGGCAGCCUGACAGCUCGCAACAAGAAGAUGCCACUCAACUACCAACCGUUUUUGGGUCUGAUACUCACCUGUCUGAAGGGACAGGAUGAGUAUAAGGAGAAUCUGCUUGUCUCACUCUACUCACAGCUUUCCCAGUGUCUACAAUCCUUUGCGGAGCUGGAUACCAUUGGCGGAAUCGAUGAACCGCAGGCGCGUGAGGAAAUCUUGGAUGCACUACAGCUGCGCUUUUCUUUGGUGGGUGGCAUGUUCGAUGCCAUCCAAAAGAACAGCACACCCACCACAGAUUGGGCCAUUCUGUUGGCCCAGUUGGUGUGUCAAGGUGUCGUGGAUCUGAGUUGCAAUCGGGAGCUGUUUACGACUGUCGUGGAUAUGCUGGCCACGUUGGUUCACUCGACACUUGUCUCCGACAGUCAGUCGGAGCGGGAUGACAAGAAACUCUAUCUCAAUCUGAUGAAGAAACUCAAGAAGGAAAUUGGCGAGAAGAACAAUGCAUCGAUACGUGUCAUCAGACAAUUGCUGCCACUCUACAAGCAACCCACAGAGGUAAUUGCCUGUGAGCAUGCGGGUAUGGACACCAAGGGCAACAAGAUUUGUGACAUGGACAAGAAACAGCUGCGCAUUUCGGAUAAACAACGCAUCAGCGUCUGGGACAUACUCGAGGGUCACAAGAAUCCAGCACCAUUGUCUUGGGUGUGGUUCGGUGCCGUCAAACUGGAACGCAAGCCACUCACCUACGAGGAGGCGCAUCGUAAUCUCAAAUAUCAUACGCACAGUCUGGUCAAGCCCAGUAGUUAUUACUAUGAACCCUUGCCACUGCCACCGGAGGAUAUUGAGCCUGUGCCGGAGAAGAUAUGCAUUAAGGAUGAAAUGAUGAAGGCGGAUACGCCCUCUUCAGUGGAUCAGUCGCCUAGCGCUGUGGUAGGCACCGGACGUGGACGUGGCAAAGGCACCACGACGCGUAAACGCAAGCCGAAGAAUCCGAAGACGCCGCCCGUGGUCAACACGCAACAGCAGCAGCCACAGCUAGCGCCGCAGCCACAACAACCGCCCAAUGCACAGCAGCAACAACAAAUGCAACAGCAGCAGCAUAUGCAACAGCAAAUGCCGCCGAAUCAAAUGGGACAGAUGCCCAUGAAUAUGCAGAUGAACAUGCAGCAGUUUGGACCGAAUGCCAUGAUGCAGCAGCAGAAUGCAUUGAUGCAGCAGCAGCAGCAGCAGCAACAACAGCAGCAACAAAUGCAACAAAUGGCGCCCAAUCAAAUGCAACAGCAGUUAAACGUGGGCGGAAAUGGACAGCCGAAUGCGCAGAUGAAUUUCAUGCAGGGUCCUGGACCAGGUGGACCACAAGGCAUGCCAGGACAACAGCAGCCGCAACAGCAAUGGCAUAAUGCACCGCAGCAGCAGCAGCAACAGCCACAGCAGCAUCACAAUCAGUAUCAAUAUCAACAGAAUAUGCAGAUGAAUCGCAUUGAAAGGCCUACAUUGACUACAAAUUCGAAGCAAGCCUUAACCCAGAUGCUGCGAUUGCGACAUCCUGGUUCAUACCCGCAGCAGCAACAACAACAACCACCUGGUGGCUUUAAUCCCAUGCAGCAGCAACCGCCUCAGCAGCAACAGGUGCCGCAGCAGCAGCAGCAGCAAAUGAAUGCACAACAAAUGCGACAACAACAGCAGAUGAAUACACAACAGAAUCCACAGACAGCAGCUGCAUUUAAUGCCAUGCAACAACAGCAACCGAAUGUGCAACAGCAGCAGCAGCAAAUGAAUCCCAAUCAGCAGCUGCAACAGCAGCAGCAACAACAACAACAGCAGCAACAGCAGCAAUUCUUACGUGGCAACAUGCGCGCCAUGGCGCCAAAUCAAAUGGGUGGCAUGAAUAUGGUGGGUCAGGGCAUGCCACAGAAUCCAAUGAUGCAGCAGCAGCAGAUGGGUCAAGGCAUGGUGGGCAUGGCCAAUCCAAAUGCCAAUCCCAUGAUGCAGGGAGGCGGUGCUGGCGGCAAUGGCGGUGUUGGAGUAGGCGUCGGAGUUGGCGUUGGGGCUGUUGGCAAUAAUCCAAACAUGGGCAUGGGUGGCAUGCCACAACAGGGCAUGAUUCCGCAGCAACAGCAGUUCCAAAACUUUCAAAAUCAGUAUCAGCAGCAGCAACAACAGCCAGGCAUGCAGCAGCAAUCUGGUGGCGCCGGAGGAGUUGGUGUUGGCGUGGGAAUGGCACCAAAUCAACAGCAACAACAACAAGCUGGACUCAUGGGAAAUUUCAAUCCUCAGAUGCAGCAGGCACAACGCAAUAAUCCCGAUUUUAUGGCUGCAGCGGUGGCAGUUCAACAGCAGCAACAACAACAACAACAGCAGCAACAACAACAACAACGAGGUGUGCCAGGUGGCAUGAUGGCAAACAAUCGCGGCCAAUACAUGAAUCAAGCGCCCAAUGUGACAAUGACGAACAUGAUGGGACCUGGACCAGGUGGCGUGGGCGUCGGAGUUGGUCAGGUGCCACCCUAUGCACGCCAGCAACCAACCGGUGGCGGCAAACCAGGCGUACUUCCAACACAACAACAAUUCCAACAUCAGCUGCGUCAUCAGCAGAUGAUGCAAAUGCAGGGCAUGGGCGGUGGUGGCAUGGGCGGCGGACCACAGGCAGGCGGUGGUGCAGGUGCUGGCGGCGGUGGCGGCAUGGUCCAGCAACAGCAGACCAUGAAUCAACAGCAGACACCCAAUCUUGUGGCACAGCUGCAGCGACAGAUGCCAAAUCAGCCGAAUAUGAUGGGACAGCAGCAGCAGUAUCAGCAUCAACCGCCACCCUAUUAGAUAGUAUAUACAUAUAUAGUUGUAGUACUUAAGGCUUUCUCUAAUGUACGAAUAUUUAUCGAUGCUAAUUGCGAAAUAAACUAAUUUUAUUUUCAAA